AUGACGAUUCGGAACUAUCGAGUCUCACUCAAUACCGGUCUUUUGGCGAACUCUGGCUACGUGAUCUCUGUCGAUCAACAGCCCGAUGUGACGCCGAUUUUCCUCAACUACAACAUGAACCGUUUGACGGCUCGUUUCCAGCGUCCUCUCUCAGCCACCGGUCCACGGGGUUUCUCAUUGGAUAAUUGCGUCGAUUGGAAUUUUAUUUCUGCGUCUCCCCUCAACCCAGAUGGGAGUGUCGGAGCGGCGGCGCAAGGGAAAACGAUAAAUGUCUGCCCGAAUCGUUGCAAUCAACCGCAACUCCAAGCGCAAACCGCACGCGACUACUACACGAAUCCCGUGCCUGAGAAAGCUCUGUACAACAAUCGAGAAAGCUCUCGUUUCGAUGGUCUCUACGAACAAAAUGGAAUCGAUCUCACUCAA